AUGCUCGCUGCUGUCGAUGUAUACAUUAUAUUUGUAUUCGCGAAUGGUGUAACAACAUUAUUAGAUGCUUCCGAGGGCGGAAGCUGGUGUGAGGGUCUCACCUUUUCGAUCUUUCUUACUCCCGGUGUUCCUUAUUGGGACCGCAUACCGUGGUGUGAGCAGCGCCCCGUUGAAAUUAUCUAUUUCUAUUCUAUCACUGCUACCAACAAAUUAAUUAUGAAUGAGCUGGAUGAUUCCCACUAUUAA